GGGGCGGCGGGUCUGGUCGCCGGCGCCUCCGGAGGCCAAUGCAGGAUGGGGCCGUGGCCAGUUCUGCUUCUGGCUGCCCUUGUCCCCGCCGUAGCCCUGGGGGCAGGACCCCACAGGCUUCAGUAUGAGCUCACGGGGACCCAGGAUGCAACACUGUACUCGCAAUUCGUUGCCAAGGAAUACUUGGACCAUCAGCUCAUCCUGCGCUACAGCGGUGGGAACAACAGGCCCGAGACCCCAGGCCUGCUGGCACGAGUUAUCCUGGGAGCUGAGCCGGAGGACACAGUGACCAGUGGCUUCACAGAGGACAGGAGGGGCCUCCUGAUGAAGCUGGCAGAUAUCAGGGAAAAGCAGAGCCAGAGUGGAGGCUCCCGUUCCCUCCAGGAGGUUCGGGGCUGUGAGAUCCAGGAAGACACUACCAGGGCCUUCAGGCGCUUCUUCUAUAAUGGGGAGCCCUUCCUCUUCUAUAACGAGACGACUCAUGAAUGGGAAGCACCCCAGUCCUUGGUUCAUCCCUUGGCUGUGGAAGUCAAGAAAUCCUGGGACACAGACAGGAUGGAAACCAGAAUUCCUGGACCCUUGUGCGUGGUGACGUUUGUGGAAAACUGCGGAGAUACCGGGAAUCCUGGAAGGCCUUCACUAAGAGAACAGGACGAUGAGCCUCUGAGCCUAGAUGCCCAGCUUCCUGGGGGUGUCCUGCGUGAUGAGACUGGGACCUAUUGGGCCUGGGUGGCCCUAAGGAUUCCCCAAGGAGAGGAGCAGAGGGUCACCUGCUCCGUGGAACAUUACUGGAAUUGCACUGUGACCUGUGGAAAGGUGCAGGUGCAUCAGCGUCCAUGGCCAGCUAUUUAUUGGUGUAUCGCUGUCGCUGCUGCUGUCACUGUCCUUGUUGCUGCUGUCCUUCUUCAUAAUUUUGGCUCAGGAAGACAUCAGCUGGGGAACAUCAGGACCCAGUAGUCUGCAAGACCUGAGCCAAGUGGUGACAACGGACCUUCACGCAAUUGGGCCUCAGGGUUCUCAGCCUCUGUUGUGAGCGCCUGAGUCCAUGGACUCAACUGCGGGCUCUUAGCAUCUGCACAUCCGCCUGGACUCACUGCCCGCGCUCCUCUCACCAGCAUUUUCUCUUGGUGCCUCCCUUUUCUCAUCUGAAUUAGAUAACAGCAUUCUUUGUAAUUGUCUUUCCUCUGGUACCUUUUGAGGGUUCUCACACCAACUUUCCUUUGUGCUCUGCCACUUUGUAUCUCUGUGCAGCUCAUGUAAUAUAUGUAUAUAGUGUGUGUGUGUGUGUGUAUAUAUAUAUAUAUAUAUGUAUGUGUGUGUGUGUGUGUAUACCUGUAGAUUCCUUUGUACAGUAUUUUACAUUUUAUAUUAUAAAUCUUUGAACAUACAUAUCUGUUGUGUGUAUUAUUUCAUGAGGCUGGAAGGGAUAGUAUGAGGUUGUGGGGAGAUGGAGAGGUAGAUAGAGCACUAACAUAUCCCCAGCUCCCGCUCCCCAGCUCCCAGUCCUGCCAGACUCACAGGAAAGCACAAAGGGCUGGAGAGGCUGGAAUGGGGCGCCUGGGGCCAAUGCUCAGGGGCUGAGCCUGGAGGAAUCUGCCCCGAUGGUGGGAGCUCAAGUGAUGGAGCAGAGCUGAUCUCAGGAGGAGACAGGGACACUGCAUUGGGGUGACCUUGUGACAGGGUAAUCCCCAGGGUUACACGCCUGCCGGGAAGGAGGUUGGGGUUGAGCAGGGAGGAGAAGCUAGAGAAGACCAGGAGAAGGCAGGAAGGGGAGCAUGAGGAGGACUUGGACAAGGGACAGGGGCAGAGACAUGUGAAGAAGCUGCACUUACUCCUUGGCCUUGGCUCUACCAGCAAUGGGGACAUGGCAGGAGACACUUGAGAUAGAAACGUGGGUGAGAGGCGUGGGGAGGCAGCCUUUACUUGAUUCAGUUUUGAUUUUUUUCUCCUUUCCUUGAAGACUUGCCUGGCC